AAGACAACACAAUUAAGUGAGAAGACAGAGGGAGAGUCCACAGAUUUCAAAGCUUCAAACUUCACCCUUCCUCUCUCCUCUCCACUGAACAACUUUCAGCAUUGCAUUGUAGUGUUAGGGUCAAGUUCAGAUUUUUCUUUUUGUUUUUUUAAGGUUAUUAUUUUUAUGAUUAAAAGUAGAAAGUGGAAAGGAAAGGAAAAUGGAGGAAGCAGAGGAGGAGUACAGAAGGAGAGAGCGGGUGGCAUUGGUGGCGAUUGUAGUGGUGGCAUCGGUGGCAGUGGCGUCGUUGAUGGUGGCAUUGAGCUACUACUGCUAUAUCCGCAACAAAGUCUCCAGGCUUGCUAAGAACCGCGCAAGUGAGCCUCGUUUAAUCCUUAACCCUCUCUUUGGUUGCAAAGGAAAUUUCUCCCAAAGAGUUGAUCUCGAGAGCAAAAUUGAGUGUCCAAAUCCACAAGUUACUGCUACUUGUGAGAAAGGACUCCAAGUGUUCACCUUUAAGCAGCUACAUUCUGCAACUAGUGGUUUCAGCAAGUCAAAUGUCGUUGGCCAUGGUGGGUUUGGGUCGGUAUUCCGAGGAGUUCUCGGUGAUAGCCGUAAAGUGGCAAUUAAGUUGAUGGAUCAGGCUGGGAAGCAGGGGGAACAGGAAUUCAAAGUGGAGGUGGAAUUGCUAAGCAGGUUGCGUUCUCCAUAUUUGCUGGCUCUGCUUGGUUAUUGCUCAGACAGUAAUCACAAAGUGCUUGUGUACGAGUUCAUGGCAAAUGGUGGUCUACAGGAACAUUUGUACCCUGUUAGUGGUUCUAAUGCUUUCUCCAUAAGUUUGGACUGGGAAACACGGUUGAGAAUAGCCCUCGAAGCUGCAAAGGGUCUGGAAUAUCUCCAUGAACAUGUUAAUCCCCCCGUGAUUCACAGAGAUUUCAAGAGCAGCAACAUUCUUCUGGAUAGAAAUUUUCAUGCCAAAGUUUCUGAUUUUGGUUUGGCCAAGCUUGGAUCUGAUAAAGCUGGAGGCCAUGUUUCUACUCGUGUGUUGGGCACACAGGGAUACGUUGCCCCAGAGUAUGCAUUAACAGGGCAUCUUACAACCAAGUCAGACGUGUACAGUUAUGGGGUUGUCCUUUUGGAGUUGCUAACAGGCAGAGUUCCGGUCGACAUGAAAAGACCUCCAGGAGAAGGUGUUCUUGUUUCUUGGGCUUUGCCUCAGCUGACAGAUAGGGACCAGGUUGUACAGAUCAUGGAUCCUGCGCUAGAGGGUCAGUACUCGAUGAAGGAGGUCAUUCAGGUGGCGGCAAUCGCUGCAAUGUGUGUACAACCAGAGGCGGAUUACAGGCCACUGAUGGCGGAUGUCGUGCAGUCUCUGGUGCCCUUGGUGAAGACUCACAGGUCAAAUUCGAAGGUAGGAAACUAUUCCAGUUUCAAUGCUACAAAGUCUCCCACUACUCAGGAUCUUGGUAAAUCAAGUAUAUGAAACUAAUAGAAGACCGGGAAGAUCAUCGAUGUGCUUCCUUAGCUAACUUUGACUUUUGUGCAGUUUUUAAGACCUACUCUCUAGGCAUCAGUUCCGAGCUAAGAAAACUAAAUUAUUGUAGCUCCUAUUUCUGAUGUGGUCCCAAAACACCAAAAAUUUUGGCGGCAAGAGAAUGUGAAAUCAACCUUCUUUCUAAAACUGUGUAAUUCUUUAUUUACGUAGAUUAUUUGCAUGAUCUGACCUGCACUAAACUUUAUAUGAUAUGGUCUAUUUCUUUUUUGAGUCUUUACGGUGAAGCAUGC